CACGCGAACUCGCACCUCUGGUUUCUCACACUCGGCCCGUCAGUUGCUGCUUUUCCCUCGCCCCAGUCAAAAGGAAUGUAGUUCGAUCAUGUCCACGGAUGGGCAAGACACGGCGGAUGGCGACAUACUCGGGUCGCCCAGCAAACGCCCCAGGACCUUGUCCAAAGCCUGCGAGACCUGCAAGCAGAAAAAGACAAGAUGCGACAGCUCUCGUCCGCACUGUGGCACAUGUCGCCGAACGGGAACCGCUUGCAUCUACCGAGAGAAAGGACAACCUGGCCUGCGUCCCGGCUAUGGCAAGGCUAUCGAGCAGCGCCUCAGCCUCCUGGAAAACAACAUGGAGAAGAUAAAUCAGUCGAUCCAAGACGUGCUGAAUCACGUCCGCCCCGACAUCGCCGCCCAGUCUACUGUGCUCGAAGCUCCCGCUCGUGAUGCAGGACCAUCAGGAAGAAACAAUGGUCCUGACGCGCAAAUGUGGCAGCCGUCACAGCAACUCCCCGAAAUGCCUUACUUCCCGGCCAGUCCGCUGAUGGAACGUCUCCCUGCUCCGUUGAGUCUGCCGCCCCUGGAUCUAGCCGAGAGGGGCCUGCCGCCUGGACCAGUGCUGCAGGAACUCGUGGAGCUGUUCUUCGAACUCGUCCAUCCAUACAUUCCCCUGUUCUGCAAGCAGAACUUUACAGCCAACAUGUUCACGCCAGAGCGCCAGAUCCUUCUGCACGGCAUCGUGGUGGCGUCCUUUCGGUUUUGGAGGAAACAGGUUCCCUCUGCCGAAGAGCGAGACAGUUACGUGAAGACGUCUCGCGAGCAGGUGUUGCUGAAGACCAUCGACAACUGUACCUUGGUUUCCACUCAAGCACUCGCUCUCUUGGCAUUGGAUGCCAUCGGCCAAGGCCCUGGCCCAAGAACGUUGAACUUGACAGCCAUGUUGGUGACCGCGGCGCACCAGCUGGGCCUGGGCAAGAGUGCUUCCCCGACGACGCCAGAGACGAACACUCCGCUGGUCAGGAAUGAAGACCCCGACGAUGGGAUGGACUCGUCGAGCAUCGCAGUGGAGGAGAAGCGGCGCCUGUUCUGGACCAUCUACAGUCUGGACCGCUUCUCCAGCGUCUCCCACGGACAGUCCGGCGGCAUCGACACGAAGACCGUCAAGAUGCCCUACCCGUCCAGUGACGAGGACUGGGGCCAGACGAUGACCCCAGAGUGGUUCCAAGCCGGAGUGCAGGCGAAGCCCGCCCAUGGCCACUGCCCUGCCAGUCUCUGGCACCACAACAUCGAUUUGCUCGCCUUGCUGGAUCGCUCAAACCAGCUCCUCAUCCAGCCGGUCAACCUGUCGCUUCCGGCUCACUGCCAGGAAUGGCAGAGCAUCUUUCGGCGGCUGGACAUUACCAUGUCGACGUGGUUUGAGAAUCUACCCAAGGAGGUCCGCGAGCGACCAGCCGCGUUUGAUCCCAUGUGGUUCAUGCUGCAUGCCACCUUUCACCUCAUCAACAUUCGAAUGUAUACGGUCGCUGCAUUUCCGUCUACCACGUCACCCUAUCUGCGACCGUCUUCUUCAGCGCGCGGGCGUUGCCGCCAGGCUAUCAGAACGGUGGCGUCACUGGCCAGCUCGCUACAGGCACAAGAACUCGACCGGCUGCACCCGAUGUUUGCCUUCGUGGUCUGGGUGGCCGCAAGGAGUCUCAUCAUUCUCUGGACGACGGGCUAUGAAAACGCAUACGGCUCCACGCCGACGGACCUUGAGCCCCUCCUCAACGUGCUGCGACAGAUGGCCACCCGCUGGCUGUGCGCCCAGCGAUACGCCGACAUCAUCCAGCUGAUCCUGGACACAAAGAACAACCCCGGCGGACCCACAGGGCUCGAGAUCUUCAACGACACGCGCCGCACCUCCUACGGACUCCAAAACCUGCUGGGGACGCUGGUGGUCCACCGGGUGCCCGAUGUGUUUCCCAAUCCCUUUGACUUUCUUGACAUUCCCCUCCUCGACGUGGGCGACUUGACGGCUCCCAGGAUGGGAGUGUUUGGUGCCGAAAACGACGGCGAGUGGUUGUGACAGGGGACGACCACAGCGCCACUAAUUUUCUCCUACGAUUCUGACCGACCCUUUCACUCGGCAGCAGUGUCAUAGAUUGGCAGCCAGGUGCGCCUGUUCGGGGACCACGGUGUUCAGAGUCCCUUUCUCCAGCGCCGCCCGCACAUUGCCAAUCGUGCAUUCUUCCAUCUUUGUCUUGGUCUGCCGGACUAGUCAGCAGACAGGUCGAAUGGGUCACGAUGAAAUGCAGAAGAAGACCUACCUCGACGGUGGAUGUGCCCAUGUGGGGGAGCAGGCAGACAUGCGGGUUGGACACCAGCCCCGGAUGGAUGUUGGGCUCCUGUUGGUACACGUCCAACCCGACCGAGAGGACGCGGCCGGAAUUGAUCGCCUCGACCAGUGCCUCUUCGUCCAUGACGCCACCUCUCGCGGUGUUGACGAUGAUGAUACCUUUCUUCAUCUUGUUGAACUCGUUGGUCGAGAUGAUGUUUCGUGUCUUUGGCUAGAAGGGGGUCAGAAAUCAGCAUGGAACUGGUGCCAGAUGGGGGGGCAUGCGGAUUUGCCAAUUCAAGACGUACAUUCAGGGGAAGAUUCAGACUCAACACGUCGCUGCGAGCGAGUAGGUCGUCGAAGCCGACAUACUCGGCGCCAUCGGCCAUCGUUUCAUCGCCCGGCUUGGUCCGGUUGUGGUAGAGGAUCUUCAUGCCAAAGACCUCGGCCUUGCGCUUGAGAUUGCGGCCGAUGCCGCCUAGGCCCAGGAUGCCCAGGGUCUUGCCCUGCGGGUCGUGGCCGAGCGGCGGGGGCGGGACGGGGGACUUCCAUACUCCGGCGCGGAUGGCGAGGAUGCCGUUGUUGAAGCCGCGCAGGGCGGCGAGGAUGAGGAACAUGGCCGUGUCGGCGGUGGCGUCGUCGACGACCUUAGGGCAAUGGGACACGAGGAUGCCGCGCGCCGUGCAGGCGGGGACGUCGAUGCUGUCGUAGCCCGCGCCGUUGUGGCAGAUGAAGCGGACGGUG